CUGACUAAUUAAAGAAUUGACGUGAGCGAGCUUAUGGUUAAAACAUUUUGUGAACGAGUCCAUUUUCCUCAAAUAUCUCGACUUCAGUCAUGAAAGAAACUACCACGCGUUAACUCGAAAUGAGAAAAAACCAUCAAUAAGCAAAGUGAAGAUGAUCUGCAGUAUUCAAACAAUAAUUUUCGUUGUAUUGUUAUGUGGUGCCUGUGGUGCCUGUGGUGCUGAUCUGACACAAUUGAACGAUCUGGUGAAAAAUUUGCAUGCAGAACGUGAAAAUGAUGAUUUUAGAGGUAAUGAUCCUGCUGUAUUUGCGUGUAUAUACGAGAAAAGCAUGACCGAAUUCGCCGUGGCAAAAAGUAACAAUAAAAUUAGAAUGUCGAUGAUGAUUGACAAAUUAAGCAAUGGAAGGGAUCUAUCACUUUUUUUCGUUGGCAGCGGCAACAACGUUACUGAAAAAGACAGCAGAUUUAAAAUAUCCAAAGAAUGGUAUAUUAAAUCUGGCACAAACAUAUGUUACAUUGCAUACGCAUUUGAAAAAUACAAGGCCACCGUAAUGAAUGCAUAUUUUUACUUGAAAAAAGUGUACACAACGAAGCGCAUCGAAUUUGUGGCCAAAACGGCAUAUGACUUCGUGUUGAAUAUUCGAAAUAAAUGCUUGAAAUCAAAAGCUAAGGGAUGUAUUCAGCAUAUGUCACAGAUAACUGUGAUCGGAUAUAGUCUGGGUGCAAUUAUAGCGCCAUAUUUUUGCAGGCAUAUAUUUGAAGAAACUGGACAAAAAGCUAAAAAAUUUAUCGGUUUGGAUCCAGCAGCAAUAUAUUGGGCAAAUGCAAACGAUUACAUUAAAAGUGGCGAUGCUGAUUAUGUUCAAGUAGUGCAUACUUCAUAUCUUGGGACGCAAUUACAAAGGGGAGAUAGUGAUAUCUACAUUAAAUCUGAUAACUGGGAUACACAAAUGAGCCAUAAAUUAGCAGUAGAUUUGCAUGAACUUAUUUCUGCGAAGAAGCUGGUUCUGAUUGCAGCAGAAAAUGGAACUGGCAGAUCUAUCAACUUACAAGAAAGCUUACAUGUUAAUCCAGACCUUAUACAAAUCGCGGAUACCGAGUGUAUGGUCGGGGUUUACUGUGAAGGAUGUAACAAAAGAAAACAUGGACAAAUUUAUAACAUUUCAUUGGUGACCAAAUCACUCAAGACAUAUUUUUGAAAAAUUAUUGAGAGGAUCGCCUUUUUAGGUCAACUCUGAGAUUGUUUUUCCAAUGCCAUAAUAUGGAAAAAAUAUAUGGAUUUUUUUACGGUAAAUAAAAAUAUAUGGACUCUUUAACACUUGAAUCGUUGAUGCAAACACAAUGAAGAAAUAGCGAUAAUUUUGAAUUUGUGUAGCGAAAAUAUCCAUCAUUUGAGUCUUAAGCAGACA